UUUUGAGCAGGCAUUAGUGCUAGAUACCAAUCGGGGUCCUAGGGGAGACCGAAUUGCUCACGACACCGGCUCGACCGGUUUCUUCCUGAGACCGGCUCAACAGAACGGUUCGUUCAAGAACCUAACAUCACUAAUGCAUAGCAGCAAGCAUGGAUGAAAGUGCGCAGCGUGUAUUGGAGUAUCUAACAGAGGUAGAAGUGGCUGCAGAAGAUAUACUUGCAGACAGACAACAGAUUGUGGAUCUGGAUCUGCGGAGAAACAGGAACCGAGAAGCACUCAAUGUUUUACGAAACCAUUCAACAAACGAAAAUCUAAAGAUGUGUUUUGGAAAUAUGUUCAUCAAAUUCUCCCAAGAAAAUGGCACAUCCAUGAUUCUUAAAGACCAGGAGCAGCUUGACAAAGAAAUAAAUGACCUCCGCAAAUGUCUAAAGGCAAAAGUAAAUCGUCUAAAUGUGUUAGAAGGUAAGCCUGAACUCCGAGGAUACAACCUUUCCCCUCUGAACAGUGAUGAAAUGAAAGCAAUCAACAGUCUCAUUAGAAAAUGACAUGCACUUCACACUGUGCAGUCUUCACAAACUCUCGGUGUGUCUGCAGAUUUGAUGCAACAGGGUACUUGAUGUAAAUGUAUAUAUUUUUUGUUUCCUAACUUCAAAAUUAUGUUGAAAGCACGCAAAGCUUGGCCAUCAUUCAGUCUAUUCAGUCUUAUGUGUUUUUUAUGCAAUAUAAACUGGAAAAAUUAAAAAGAGAAAUUAUAAUGCCAAAGGUA